AUGCUCUCGAUGAUGAGGAUUUUCAGGAUGUUGCUGAACUUUAAUGAAUUUUCAGAGGAUGAUGAAUAUCAUGAUGCAAAUCAAGAGGUGCCGGCAACAAUUUUGCAUGGGUCCUCUGAGGCUACACCUCCAGUGGACACUCCUGCAACAGUUGAAUCCAUUGCAUCAUCCUCUUCGCCUGUUCAGAAUCUUGAGGUGGUUGUUGAUCUUAACUUCAACAAUCUAGAUGAUAUUAUUUUUGGUUCAACUAACGAUGUUUUGUGCGGGGAUUUCGAGCGUGUUAUGCAUGAAAAAUUCGAGAUGAGCGCAAUAGGGGAAAUGACCUUCUUUUUGGGCUUGCAAGUUCAACAAACAGAAUUUGGGAUCUUCAUUCAUCAGACCAAAUAUGUCGGUGACAUCUUGAGCCGGUUCCAAAUGUCCGACACAAUGUCCACCGGUACCCCUUUUGCGAAGAAUCACGGAAUUACUCUGGACUUGAAGGGUGAAAGCAUUGACUCUUCACUUUACUGCACAAUGUUCGGAUCUCUUAUGUAUCUCACAGCCUCGAGGCCUGACAUAAUGUAUCCUACGUGCCUGCUCGCUCGAUAUCAAGCGAACCCGAAGGUCUCACAUCUAAUGGUUGUAAAAAGGACUUUUCGCUAUUUGAAGGGUUUCCCAGAAACCAGUCUUUGGUAUCCUAGGGAUAAUAGUUUUGACUUGAUUGCCUAUAGUGAUUUUGAUUUUGGCGGCUGCAAAAUUGACGGCAAAUCCACAACGGCUGGAUUUCAGUUUUUGGGAAAUCUCCUAGUCACGUGGCAGUGCAAGAAGCAGACUUGUGUGGCUACUUCAACAUGCGAAGCCGAGUACAUAGCAACUUCUAGUUGCUGCUCCCAGGUCUACACUGAUGACCAACGUGCCAACCUUUUUCCCAAAGCAUUUGAUAAAUCACGCUUUGAUUUUCUACUUCCGGUAAACGGCAUAAAGGGGAAGUAA